UGCCCAAGACAAAAAAAACGAUUCAAAAAAUUCUUUCUAACAUACAGAUUUUCGAAAAUUUACAUUGGUGUUUUGUAUGACUAGUCCACAAAAUUGUAUGGAAAAAACCAGCAAAAUUAUUCUUCCAAAAAAAAUGGUAAUUUUUCAGUAAUGACCAGCCUAGGUUGCCAUAUUCCAGCCGAACGGCAAUUGCCUGAGUCAUAAUUUGCAUCAAAAUUAUGAGUUUUUAAAACACAAUAAAAAGCCUGUUUUGUUUUGAAAGGUCAGUUGCCAACUUCGACAAACAGGAAGCAAUUUUCCAAAUGAAUUUUAAAUUGCUGUAGCUAGUUGUAUCAAAACCAUUCAUCCACACCUUUCGUAAGUCAGUUUUUCUGUUGACAGUCAUGAGGUUUGCACCACUGGUAACGCUGCUGAUUUCACUUUUCCUGGUGGAAAAUGAAUCUUCGCAAGUGGAAAACAUCACCUCCUCGGAAAUUUCCCCCUCUUUUAGAUUUUUUCUACCUGGCCAAGUAGCGCCAAAAACUACAGUUCGAACGAAGCUCAAACCAUUGACAACGAAGGCAAACUCGAAGAAUCAACCAAUCAUUCAGUGGCCUACAAAGGCAAGUAGCAGAAUUACAACAACCACCAAGCGAAAUGGACAAACCACCAAACCUAUCAGGAAUCAGCAGUUGCAAAAAACAACCCCAAAGCGUACUCAAACUACUAAAGCAAAGGGCAAAACAGUCACCACUACGCAGAAGCUUGCUCAAAUGAAGAAAACUACUCCACGAGCAGAUAAACCCCCAAAGCCAUUGCAUGCGCUUUUUUUCAACAGUCCUUUUGCAGAUUUGACAAAAAGGGUUUCCGAGCCUACCCUAAUCGGAAUACCAAAAUCGCCGUCCUCGACAAAUUUCAGCUCGUUCGACUCCACGAUGAUUGUUGGAUACGGGAUUACAUUUGCGCCAACAACCAGCACUACCACUGAGGACUACGAAGAUUACGGCAAUUUAACUACGACAGAGGAGCCGGAACUGUACGACGACCUGAGCGCGAGCAACAACACGGCCUGGACGGUAUCGUUGCCGACCAUGGUUCCGGACGCGACCACCGUCGAGGAAGUAACUCGGAAGCGGUUGAAACGUCGCAAGACGACCACCAUCGAUCCGGCCCUCACCACCAGACGUCGGCUGAAGCGCAGGAAAACGACCACCGUUGGGCCGGAAAAUGUCUAACUGAUGAGUGGAAUGAAUCAGAUUUCAAUAAACAUGUUAAUUUCUUUAAA